UGAAAAAUAGGAGGGCCUCCGUGACAAAUGGGCAUUCCGCACGUGAGCAGACGGACACACCCGAUCUGCGGCUCCCACAGCCUGGCUCUAGGUCAUCCCUGCGCCCCUCGGACAGUCCGGGGCGUCUCAGAGGCGAGAACUUGGCCACCCCUCCCAGGGUUGGAUUGACCUGUGUUGGUGGGCAAGUGGGGAGCUCCGAGUGGAAAGCGACCCGUUCCUAAGUCCGUCCCUGCACAGCAGGGCGCCUCUCUGUAGCCGCCAGAGUGAGGAUGCAGGCGGCUAGAGCCGGCGGAGCCUGAACAAAGGGAGCCGGCGGCCCAGAGGAUGCUGCGCUCCCCACGCCCCACCCAGCGGGCCAGGACGCUGCCUGGCGUGCAGGUAGCCGGUCUUUGGCUCUGCAGAGGGCUGUGUGUUCGAGGCCAGCACACAAAGACUCACUUCCUUGAGGCCAGCCUCCCAGGCCGCCCUGCCCACCACUCGCUGCCGGUGGCAUUCCUGCGGCCACCACCUGGACUCUUGCAACCCAGGGUGCCAGGUUCAGAGGAGCAGAGGCCGUGCGGGGAGCCCUCAGAGCCGCUCGCCUGGUGGAGGCGGUGGCUGGGAUUAGCACGCCUUUUUAGGCAGCCGCGCCGCCCCACGCAGCAGAGUCUGCAAUCGCUGUGCGAGAGGCAGGCUCUGCGUCGCCCGAGCUUCCCCGCCUGCGCCGGCCGCCGGGCAAGCUGCGGGCUAGGGCGCGCGCGGGAGGCCGAGCAACUUCCCGGCGCCCAGCAGCUAGGUUCUACCCGCCUCCUCGCAGUGCUUUAAACCCCAAGGUGAAGUGCUGGCCCCAGGGGUCUGCAAUGAAACCGCACUUGAAGCAAUGGCGACAACGAAUACUCUUUGGAAUAUUUGUUUGGGGGCUCCUCUUUUUGGCGAUUUUCAUCUACUUCACCAACAGCAACCCUGCUGCGCCUGUGCCCAGCUCCUUCUCCUUCCUGGAGAACCGUGGCCUCCUGCCUGUGCAGGGCAAGCAGCGGGCCAUCAUGGGCGCUUUGCAGGAGCCCUCCUUGCCCAGGAGUUUGGAAGCAAGCAAAGCGCUGCUGGGCAGCCACCCUGCCAGCCCCUUCCACAGCGGGCCUGGGGACCCACAGAAAUGGGACCAGUCGCAAGAGGGCUUUGACAAUGGGGAAGAGUUUUUUUCAUCCCAGGUUGGGAGGAAAUCGCAAAGUGCUUUCUACCCGGAGGAAGACGGCUACUUUUUUGCUGCUGGUCAGCCAGGGUGGCACCGCCAUACGCAGGACACCCUGGGGCUGCCCUCCCCGGGGGAACCAUCGCGGCGGGCCGGACCCGCCCAGCACAAGCGGGAAAAGUUUCACCGUGCAAGACGGAGCCGCGUGCCUGAGGAGGUCUACGACGGCGACAUGCUGUCGGCCUCCAUGUCCAGAGCCUUCCUGUACCGGCUUUGGAAAGGGACCGUGUCCUCCAAGAUGCUGAACCCGCGUCUGCAGAAGGCCAUGCGCUACUACAUGUCCUUCAAUAAGCACGGAGUGCGCUUCCGCGGGCGGCGCGAAGCCAGGCGAUCCGGGCCAGAGCUGUUGUGCGAGCUGCGAAGGCGCGUGCGCGUGCGCACGCUGGACGGCAAAGAGCCACCCUUCUCAGCGCUGGGCUGGCGGCCGCUGGUACCCGGGGUGCCUCUGAGCCAGCUCCACCCGCGCGGCCUACGCAGCUGUGCAGUGGUCAUGUCCGCUGGUGCCAUCCUGAACUCCUCCUUGGGGGAGGAAAUCGAUUCUCAUGAUGCAGUUUUGAGAUUUAAUUCUGCCCCUACACGUGGCUUUGAGAAAGAUGUCGGAAAUAAAACCACAGUACGCAUCAUUAACUCCCAGAUUCUAGCCAACCCCAGUCAUCACUUCAUUGACAGCUCUUUAUAUAAAGAUGUUAUCCUGGUGGCCUGGGACCCAGCUCCUUAUUCUGCUAACCUUAACCUGUGGUAUAAGAAGCCGGAUUACAACCUUUUCACUCCAUAUAUCCAGCAUCGCCGGAGACACCCAACUCAGCCAUUUUACAUCCUUCACCCCAAAUUCAUAUGGCAGCUUUGGGACAUUAUCCAGGAGAACACAAGGGAGAAAAUCCAGCCCAACCCACCAUCUUCUGGGUUCAUUGGAAUCCUCAUCAUGAUGUCCAUGUGCAGAGAGGUACACGUGUAUGAGUACAUCCCAUCUGUCCGGCAGACAGAGCUUUGCCACUACCAUGAGCUGUACUACGAUGCAGCAUGUACCCUGGGGGCAUACCAUCCGCUGCUUUAUGAAAAGCUCCUGGUGCAACGCCUGAACAUGGGCACCCAAGCAGAUUUGCAUCACAAGGGCAAGGUGGUACUACCAGGCUUCCAGGCCCUGCGUUGCCCGGUAACCAGCCCCAACAAUACAUACUCUUAAAAUGGAACUCUUGGGAAUUGAUGUGCAAUAAGGUACUACUGUUGUCCUCAAAGUCACAAAAGAAUACUUGAAGAUAGAUUUAGGCAAUGUGUUGUCUUUAACUGUAACUUAGUGGCCAUGAGAAUUCUUUCUAGUCUAAGCCAUUGGGUAACUAUUAUUGCUAUGAAUAUAGAAAUGGAACUUUAAAACUACCCAAGAAAGAAGCAAAAGCAGGAUAUAUAGAAAGAAAACAGUUGUGUACCCAUGGGCAUGAUACCUCUAAACAUGUUAACCUCUACAGCAGGGACACUCUUUAUCACAGUUGGUUCCAGCCAGAAGUUAGGAUGAUACUACUGAUAACACUGUUUCCAUCUAGGAAUAUUCAAAUUGAGGUCUGUAGCUAGCAUGUCACUUGUACAUACAUUCCUCGUUAAGCAGCCAGCCUGGAUUCUGUGAUAAAUGUCUGAAUUCUUACUCAGAUGUGAUAUCUUCCGUAUAUCUUGUCAGGCACAGGAUUUUCAACCACAGCUUUGAAGCUCUGCUUCCCAGUGCUCUCUGGGUGUUAUGACAGAGAACCAGGCCAUGCUUAGAAAAAUACAAUUCAUCCAUCCCAAGAAGCCUAGCCAAACGCUGCUGUCAGCAGAGAACAGCUCCUUUGUCUCCCUGCAGCAUCCAGUACCUGGCCAGCAACAUUUGGCACACACACAGGCCUGCAAGGUCAUGACUGGUCAGGUGUCCCUGCCCUGGCUAUUCCACUUUAUGCUCCUGGCCUGCAAAGGCACCCCAUAGCUCUUACAUAGCCAGUAACACGCAGGGCAAUUGCUGCGUCUCUGCAGGUCAGCCAGGGGACACCCUUGUUCCUUCCAAACAAUAAAGAGUGAAUUUGGAGUGCCCACUCGGAGCUACAGGGGAUGCACGCCUGUCAGUGCUGUAUGCAAUUCCUGCAGGCUUUUCUCAGCUAUUAUAAACUUGACCCUCCUGUCCUCUGAAUGUUCCGCAGUUCUACUGACAAAUGGCUAGGAAUCCGACUUUGUUUUCAUGGGCAUGUUUUAUGUUAACGGUGUGGUAGAGCCACAGAAUGGGUUUUAACAAGGUGAAUAUAUGUAUGGCAGAUACACAGGCAGGAGAAACGGUUCUUCCCAGCGUGUAGCUGUACUCGGAUUUUUAACCUAAGCGUUGGUCACCAACACAUCCUUUUGUGUGGGUUUUUUGUUUGUUUUUCAGUGGAGAUAGUGAAGAGACGCAUUUUAGAAUUCUGUAAUUAAACAGGCUGUUGUUUCAAUAUCAAAUCAAAACGACUCUCAGUGGUGUAGUUAAGACUUCUUGGCAGUGACAAUGGCAGCUUAAUUAAAUGCAAACCCCCUUGCAAAAUGUGUGGCUCCCAGAGUUUUGUAGGGGAAAAAAAUUGUUUCACGAUUACUUUUUCCGGAAUGCUCUAAGGAUUGCUUCCUAAGGAAGCAUAGUUCUCUAAGACUGCUAGCUUGUGUUUGGUUAUUCUCCCCAGCAGAGCUGAAGCAGGGAUACAGACAUCCCCCAUGGCUGGCUGCAGCAGUUAAGUGAAAAGAGUCAGGGUUUCAGUCAUGACAGCAUCUGCUGAGAGCCCAUUCUGAGGUCCACAGCUGAGCAUCACCUUCAGCUCAUCCUGGUCCAGCUGUGCAGUCCCACAAAAGCUUGGUCUUAUCCCCAUGUUGAAAUGUCUAAUCAUGUCUGUAAUUCUGGAGGAGGAAGUGCUGGUGUGCAUGGGAUACGUAUUUCCUCCUGGAGUCCUUGGAUAUUUCUAGAUCUUCCAGGCUUUGCCAUUUUAAAUGCUCACAGCCAUUAAGUUUCCUUUUAUAGUCUUGAAGGGGAUUCACUUACAGGCAUACUUAUUAUCCCGGACAAUCCCCUUUGGUGGCAUGAGAAUUUGGUUAGAGAAUAACUUAUUGAGGUCAGUGUAAAUAUUCAAGUUCAAAAGCCCCACAAAACACUUCAAAGGUUGUUAAAUAGCAUUCUGUUGUCACACAUGUACUUUUAAAAGGCGGCUCUCAGUUUUACAGGGGUUACAAGGAGACUGCAGAGCAUAAAGGAAAUUUAAUUAAAUUUUUUGAAUUUAUUAUGGCCCUAAAGACUCUUGGGAAUCAGAGUCUGUUAAACAUUCAGAAAAUGUGGUGCCCAUAUUAAUAUACUGUUGGCUGGGCACUCUUGUAUUUAAAAGUUUAAAUAGCUUAGCCUCUUGCAAAUGUCACACAGUGAUGGCUAAUGUGAUGGCCGCUUCUUGUAUUAACUAAAUGGGUCCUAAGUGGCAGUAUUUUGCCAGACAUUGAUUAAAUACUUUCACACCACAUUUACUAACCUGAAGUGAAGGUAGAGCAGCUGUAGAAAAGCAACACUAACUGGCCUGCCACCUCAUUUCUCUCUGGCUCUGGCUCUUCCAGGACUGUCUGACCUCUUCUGUGAAGGGACUCUGGUUAGAUCCUCAUGGUGUCACCAGGAGCCACCAGGUGCUGCUUCCUCUACCCUCAGGUGUGACAGAUGUCACAUUCCUUUGAAUUGCAAGAAAAUAUCAGCACUCUGUUUCUUGUUGUUGUUGUUCCUGUUGCAAAGACACCAGUGUUGACCAAGAAUAACAAUUGAGUCACUUCCAGAUUCUCCCUAACUUGUGUCCCUAGCUGCUCACAGGAGGCAAGGGAUAAUGUAUAUGAGGAUGCUCAACCAUAGACAAUUCCUCAGAGUAUCAGGGCUGGGCCCAUGUGACUGACCAUGCCCACCACGUCUCACAGAGCUAAUUCUCUGGCAGACUCUGGAAGGACAAGUAGUCAUCAACUGAAAAGUUGCAUGCAGGCAUCCAAGAUGUGUUUUAAUAGGCAAGUUAGGGGCUUGCGUACAUCCGCAUUGCUGUGUUUUUUCAUCCCUGAUCUCUGAGCUCAAGUCGCUUUGCUUCAGAAAUGGCCCUUUGCUUGUGUCUUGACCUCUUUGUCCCUCAGCCAGUCAACCUGGACUCUCUGGUAGUCCUCUGUCAUUGGAACCGUAACAUCUGAGCAAAAGCUGUGCUACAGUAGUCAUUAGUGUUUUCAGAAUUGGAUGUCAAAAGGCCUGGCUUACUCUGUCAUGUUUAUGAGCUAGUACAUCUGCUGGGGCAGAGUUCAGCCCGUUGCCAGCUGACCAUACUCAUACUUUCUGGAUUAAUUGGGCCCUGUUUGUGAAAUCGUCUCCCAUAAGUUUUGCUAUGAUAAAAGACUCUGGUGUGAACUGGUGACUUACGUUGCCCGAGAUUUUCUUAGGACACGUGGUGCACUAGUCUCCAGACCUGUAUCAUCACACUGUCCAUUUCAGUUCCUGGCUUUCUGAUAGUUGGAAUGCUACUUCAUGGCUAUGUGACUGAUCAAGGCAGCUCUGUUUAGACAUGAAUUGCUUAGGUAAAAUAUGCCCGCAUUUCAGCACACUCUUUAAAGCUGGAUAUUUCCAGUGUGAGAUUAUUUUGCAUUUCUGUCACUUGGGCUUUGUUUAGACACUUGGUGAGUAAGCAGCAUUUCUCUAGCAGCUCAUGAAAGUAAAAUGCAAGUUCUGAUUCUUGUUUUGUUAAGUGAAUGAAGCCUUCAAUAACAAAGGAAACUCAGUAUAUUCUCUACAAGACUAGGGUAGUGACAUUUGAAGAAUUAAGGCUGCUGAUAGAUUUCUUAUUCUUAGCAUAGAAGUGUGCAUGUAGAUAGUUAUAUCACUGUAUAUAUACUUAUCUACACACAUGGUUGGUUUUGUAUUAUCUUUUUCAUUCAUCUUUAUGAUAAAAGCUUUACAAUAAAUUUUAAUUAUUAAAACACUAAUUUUUUAAGAGAAGGAAGCAAAUAUUUUAUGUUCUGCUAAAAAUAAACCAGUCUUCUGCCCUGAACACACACACACACACACACACACACACACACACACACACACACACACAUUCUACAUGCCAUGGCCACAUUAACAAACCGUGACCAAAACAUUGAAAGGUACAAUUCAUAGAACUAUUACCCUAGUGUUGUAUUUAGUCAGACGCCUGAUAUAUAGCUCUGAAUUUUGAAGAGUGUGUUGACUGCCCAUGGCUUUUACAAGAUUAAGGGAAGAACACUUGUUGAUUCUCUGGAAAAUAGAUUUCAACAAAGCAAAUGCAACAGUAGUGUUAAAACCUAAGUUUACAACACCCACCCUGUUUUGCUCUAGAUAAAUACUUAUGGGAUCUUUCUGCUGGAAACCAGUGAACUUUUUUAAAGGCUUGGGGAAUUUUUUUGUAUGAUAAUUUUUAAAACAAAACGUGUUCUCUUCAAACUAAUUAAUGGCUUGAGGUUUUUCCAAGAAGCGCAUUUUAAAAGUGUUUGUACACAUUUUAACACUUGGAUAUUUUCUAUUUUGGUUUUGUAUAUUUUUAUGUGUACACAGUGUAUAGACUUGUAAAUAAAACAUGUUUUCAUUUA